AUGAUAUCUAUUCCGGUAUACAAAAUUCCGUCCGAUAUCCAAUUGGCUGAUCCGACUUGGAACAUCUCCCAGCCCAUUGAAUUGCUCAUCAGUAAUGAGCUAUACAACGACUUAAUCGGUGGACGAGUCCUUAGGUUAGGUCCCGGUCUCCCAGUACUCAAAGAGUCUUCCCUCGGUUGGGUUGUUUCAGGCCCAUGUCUAACUCAACCCAUCUCUCCACCCAAUCCGGUCGUCACUACCACGCUCGCAUCCAUUGAUGCCACCUUAAAGAAAUUUUGGACUUCUGAGGAAGUCGAAGUCCCUGUCCAGUCCAAACCCGACCACGUACAAGUGGAAGAAAUCUUCCGCACAACCACCAUCCGAGACAGUACUGGUCGAUAUGUAACCUAUAUCCCUUUCAAACCCAAUUUAGCCCGACUUGAUACCAAUCUUCCUAACGCCACCAAGCAAUUCGUGUCAUUGGAGAGGAAGCUCCAGAAAAAUCCCACUUUAAAAGAGAGCUACGAUAAUGCCAUGUCCGAGAAUUUCGAGUUGAGGUUCUUUGAGGAAGUCCCCGACCGAGAACUAAAUCGGCCGGCAUACUAUCUUCCUCACCAUGCUGUUCUCAAGUCAUCUGGUAAGAUUCGAGUCGUCAUGAACGCUAGUUCUAAGAGUCAGACCGGUUUAAGCCUUAAUGAUGUGGCGAUGAUGGGACCCACGGUCCAACCCGAUAUCGUGGAGAUCCUCCUCCGAUUUAGACUCCAUGAAUACGCCUUCACUUGCGACAUCGAAAAGAUGUAUCCCCAGAUUCUAAUCCAUCCCCCACAUCGCGACUUCCAUCGAAUUCUGUGGAGAUCUACAACCACCGAACCCAUCAAGCAUUACCGAGCUAGAGGAGUGUGUUUUGGUGUCACCUCCUCCCCCUUCCUUGCCACGCGCGUUCUGAACGAUCUGGCCGAGCAAGACCAAGUCACAUACCCACUAGCCUCUGAACUUCUCACCAAAAGUUUUUACGUUGACGAUUGUCUAUCGUCCGUCCCAACUAUCCAAAUGGCCCAACAAUCCAUCCAGCAGCUCCAAGACCUUCUUGCUAGUGCAGGAAUGAAACUCGCUAAAUGGAACUCAAACGAGCCCAUCAUUGUCGAAUCUCUAUCCACACAGCCCAAGCAAGAGGUCCCUACAUCAUCAUCCACACUGGGCAUGACCUGGCACUCUCUUUCUGACCACUUUCAAUUCCAACUUUCCACUGAUUUUACCACAGCCCGCACCAAAAGAGAAGUCUUGGCUUGCGUUGCCUCCCUCUAUGACCCUCUGGAUCUAAUCGGACCUACGGUCGUCUAUGGGAAACUGAUAAUCCAAAGAUUGUGGAAAGAGAACGUAGGAUGGGACCACUCCAUGCCAGACGAUAUCCUCGUGGAAUGGAACCGUUAUGCCCAUGCUCUGCCAGCUAUCAAGAAUGUAACGGUUCCCCGGUGGAUAUCAGGUCUACCCUGUUCCUCCCUCAAAGAAAUCCACGUCUUUACUGACGCAAGCUCAUAUGCCUAUGGGGCUGUCGCCUAUGCGGUAACAGAAAAUAACCGGGGCCAAAUUAUGUCCAGGAUCUUAAUGGCAAAAUCUCGAGUGGCUCCCACUGACUCCCCUACAAUCCCUCGCCUUGAGCUCUGUGCUGCGGUACUCGGAGCACGUGUUCUUGAAAAGAUCCGCAAAUCAUUCCUCCUCCCAGACUAUUAUUUAUGGACUGACUCGACAAUAGUAUUGGGCCAAAUACGAUCCAAGCGGACGAAACUUGACGCAUACAUACUGAACAGGAUAACCGAAAUCCAAGCACUGACUGAUGUACAUAAAUGGAAUCAUGUUCCCACUGAUGCCAAUCCGGCAGACAUCAUUUCCAGGGGUAUGUACCCAGUUGAUUUGUUGAAAUCGUCAUUAUGGUGGAAUGGCCCACAAUUCAUUACCCAUCCAGUUAGUCAGUGGCCAAUUGAUCCGUCACGAGGUAUCCCAGAACCCUUAGCGGUGGCAACAAUUUCAGACAAGAAAGAUACUCAUCCUAUUGAAACCAUCCUGACCCGUCAUAAUGGCUUCCGUAAGGUCACAAGAAUCCUUGCCUAUAUCUUACGUAUAUCAUCCAAGACCAAGCCGACCUCAUCCUUAACUCCACUCGAAUUAGUCAAUGCAGAGAGGAAACUCAUUUCUUAUGCCCAAGACAAGUGCCUUCCUGGGGUUAAGGCCGCCAUACUGAAGGGAAAGUUGCCCACUACUCCAUAA